AUGGAACGGAGGCUGGCGCAGUUCCGAGCCGCGCGCCGCGGCCCCCAGCCCACGGCGGCCCCGGCGCCAGAGCAGCGCGCGGGGCCGGAAGCAGGCCUCGGCCCGCGGGACCGCCCCGCCCAGGAGGAGACGCGCCGGCCGGGACCCCCGCAGGACGUGGCUGCCGGUGCCCCCGCCCCGUGGGGCGCCCGGGCUCUCCUGAGCCACGUGGCCUGGCUGAAGGUCCUGCUCUGGCUGGUGCUGCUGGGGCUCGCCGCGGAGCUGCAGUUCGGGCUGCCCUGCUUCGUCCUGUCGCUCUUCUACUGGCUCCACGCCGGCAUGCGCGGCCCCGGCGAGAGGCGGCCGGGGGAGCGAAGCGCCUACUCCGUCUUCAACCCGGGCUGCCAGGCCAUCCAGGGCACGCUCACCGCGGAGCAGCUGGAGCGCGAGUUACUCUACGGGCCCGCCGCCGGGCGGCUGCGGCUGCGCCCGGGCCCUGGGGGCGCAGCCUGACUGGCCGGAGCUGUGUGCGCGCCUCCCCUCCGGGAGCUGGUGCCUCCUUUCGCUGCCGGGCCUCAGGCGCACCCCGCAGGUGUGAACUAAAUCCGCGUCGCGCUGCCAAACCAACUGUCCCUCGUGGGCGGAGCCUCUCCUCGCUAAGGGAGUGAAUUCGAGGUGGCUCCAGUAAGAACGUAGCCAGCUCCGUUCCAGGUGAAAUGCCUUCAUUGACGGCUGCUGGCUUGAAGUUAUGGCCACAAAGUGGUGCCAAUUGUAAUGGACUGAGCUGGCCUUGUACACAACUGCUGGACACUAAGGCUUCUGGUACCUCAGAGGGCAGGGCAGUCUGAAUCUCCUUGCCUUUAUUUUCUUAUGCUGCUGGCCCACCAAUGACAACACUUAACCUGUUAAGAUUGCCCUUUUAAUAUUAAGCAGCCGAAUGAAGAAUCCAUGCCUAGCCUGGCUUUCAGAGUCAGGACCCCAGCUACUCUGGGACCAAAUUUCACAGCAGUGUUAACUUAAUUCUACUGCCCCUGAAAGACCCUUCAUUCUUGUUUCUUAUCCUCUCCCCCAUACAUAUAAAUGUGUCAUAGCUGAAAAUAUUGAAGGAUUUAAAAUGUGUUGUAUUUACUAUUUCCAACCGUUUUUUAUGAAAGUUUUUUUUUUAUUAUGCUGUGCAGUGGGAGAGGAUGGGAUUAAGGGGGGGGGGGCUGAGCCCACUGUCCUGGCCUCAACUGUUCCCCCACCUAAAGGUAAGUGGGAGCUGACUGACCCGCUGCCUUCCCAGUGCAGGGAACAUGGACUAUAAUCCAGUUACUUCUCUGUUGUGGGGAAAGCUGAAGAUCAAAAGGCAGCUGCAGGCAUGUCCUAUGGGUGCCUGACUGCAACAGCAUAGCAAAUUCCACAGCAAAAAUGCUGAGUGGUAUAUAGUGGGAAAAAUUCCAAAUUACAGGACAGCAGAGUCGCCAGGGCCCUGAAUGGGGUAGUUUACACCUCUGAGCUAUUGUCAGACUUUCUGUACCUCUACAUUCAGUUCAUGUUUUCAAGGUUCUUUCUGCCAGAAACCAAAUGUUUUUUAAAUGAAAGUUGAAAUUUGGGACACAGUUGCGCAGCAAGGGGUAAAUUUAGCUGCUGGGGAAUCUCAAACACUGUCAAUAACAAUUAACAGAUUUUAUUUAGCUCUAGCUAGGCUUUUAAUAGUAUGAUUAAUAACUGUUUCUUCUUCCCUUAUCACUGUAAUUGCACUUCGGCAGGCUGCUAUUGCUGCCAUUUAUUAAGGGAUGAUGAUAAAUGAGGCACAGAACUGGGGAUGGUGCGGGAAAGUCAGCUGACUUGGUACCCAUAAUUUGCUAUAAUAUUCUUAAUUAUGUAGAUUAAGGAAUAAACUCUUCAACAGAGGCAGUAUUGAGCCCAGCACCCCACACAUCGUGUGAAUGCCUAUGCAACUGCAAAGGCACCUAGCCUCCUUUGUAAUGCUGCAUGGAGGAUGGGUUAUACUCUGCACUCAGCCAAGUUUACAGCCUGUAGCAUAAGGUUUGAUUUUUUUUCCAUUUUACUUAAUCCUUAUGGGAAUGUGAUUUAUUAUAAAAUAAUUAUCCUGCUUUAGAAUCCAGUCCAAGAGUUACUUCUGGUUUCAAAGUAAAAUGUAGGCUUCAGGAGAUGAAAAAUAACCAUUAGAGCUUCAAGCUCUGCCAAGACUGCUUAUGUAAUGAGCAGUGAUAUCUUUAUAGUUAUUGAGCUGUUCACAACUGUAGGUGGGUGAGAUCUAACACAGGAAAAAAUACAAUAAUGCUGUUUUGUCCUGGUUAUUAC